UCAACAGCUAGUUCCCUCCUCUCCCCUACUCCAACCAUCUAAUCCCCUUUCUCUUCCCUACUCCAACCAUCUAAAUAUCCAAGACAUCAUAAAAACAUGUUCAACAAAUAGUCUUUCCCCCUAUCAUAUCCAAAGAAAUACUCCAUUACUAUUAUGGAACAUGAACAUUCUCAACCGCUACUUUUCUUCGUACAACAAAAUGGUGAGUUGGGACUAAGCUAUGAGAACUGUUAAAACAUGGUCGAGUGCUUGUCCUCUGCCCUACUCACAGACUCAGCUCUUGACAGUAAACCCAAAUUAGCAGAACGAUCACAUAGUUGUAGAUAGAUAGCAAUGUCAACUGAGGCAGAAGUGACAGUUGACGUAAUAGCCUUUCCUUUUCUAGCACAAGGACACAUAAUUCCCUUUAUGCGCUUCUGCGAGCUUCUUGCAUCCAAAAAUCUCAGCAUUGCCCUUCUCACAAGCCCUGCAAACGCAAUCCGCCUCAGAGCAAAACAAAAUGGUGCUUGUUCAUCAUCCGUGCAGGUCAUGGACAUCCCGCUGCCUCCCUUCGCGGGUCUGCCCGCUGGUGCAGAAAACACAGAUCAACUGACGCCCCCGCAAAUGGGCGCUCUCUUUGCUGCGAUUGAACAAAUGAAGCCCUCUUUCACACAGCUCAUCGCCCGACUAAGACCAAAAUGCUUAAUUGCUGACUUCUGCCCUCUUUUUCUUCCUGCAGUUGCCGAUGAAUUGAAAAUACCAGUCUUCUUCUACAUCACCACGGGCGCCUACGCUUGGAGUAUGUUACAUGCUGUUGUAAAUAGCCUUCCUCUGCCUCUUCCGGCGGACAACAAGGCCGCUGUUCGCCUCCUCACGGGUCUUCCCAAACCGGUUUCCUUCAACAAUUCGGAUAUUCUUCCCCCUUAUAGAGGGGCGGGCCGGGCAGGGUUUACGUACGAUUUGUUCUCCAGGCAUUUUGAGCAUGUUAGGCGUAGCCAGGGUGUGGUGACGAACACGUUUGAGGAGAUGGAGUUAGGAUUUGUAGAUCAUGUGCAGAGCUCCUUUGGGGUUCCUGUGUGGAGCAUCGGCCCGGUUCUGAACCCCCCGUCAGGCGAUUUCAAAGAGGGAGGCGUGAGGGACUGGUUGGAUCAUCGGAACCCUAAAUCGGUGGUAUAUAUUAACUUUGGCAGCGAGAUUGCUCUUUCCGGGGAGCAGAUGGAGGAGGUUGCGGCAGGUCUGGAGGCGAGUGGACAGUGCUUUUUGUGGGCGGUAAAGAAUCCUCCCGGGGGUGAGGCGUUACAGAGUGCUGUUCUUCAGCAAGGGUUUCGAGAGCGCACGGCGGACCGCGGUAUGGUGGUCAUGGGAUGGGCUCCUCAACAGGCUAUUUUGAGUCAUCCUUCAAUUGGAGGCUUCCUGAGCCACUGUGGGUGGAAUUCCACCCUGGAGAGUAUAAGUAAUGGAAUCCCUAUCUUGGCUUGGCCAUUUCAGCACGACCAGCCCUUUGUGAAGAAGUUUCUGGUUGAAGAGCUACGAGUGGCCGAGGAGGUUAAGAGGGAGGCUGCUGAAAAUGGAGUUUUUACUGUAAAAAGUGCAGAAGUAGAGAGGGCUGUGAGAUUACUGAUUGAAGGAAAGGAAGGGAGAGACAUGAGAGAAAGGGCAUGCGAGUUGCACGAAGCAGCAAUACAGGCAGUAGGAGAGGGUGGAAGUUCGUUCACUAAUCUAGAGAAAUUUGUAUCCCUGAUCCACAACAUUUAGAGCAAGUAAACUUGGUUCUCAAGUUUAAGCUAAAGGCUAAUUAACAAGUUGGGAUGCACCAUUUUGCUAAGGGAACAAUCUUGAAGUAUGGUAUUUAUUCAUUGACUAAUGUAUUCAGUGAGAAGCUCUUCCAUAUUUUCACACCAAAUUGGGCAUUCCAGAAAAAAGCUCUCAUCCAUUGUCAUGAUGCAGUUGACUACAAUUGUCGUCAUCGCUUGCUCUUGUUCAACAAUGUUGAAUAUCAUCUCCAUGAAUGCAAUCCUCUACAUGGGUAACUGCUACACAUCUAGUUGAGUCGAAGAUUAAAUACAAGGCUGAUGAAUCCAAGAUUCUAUUUUAAAAAUGCCGAUCUUACAUCCAUCUUAUACAAUUUCUUAUUCCCAAAAUUGCUCGACUGUGUCCAAUCUUGCCACUGGUGAAUUUUUUUUAUAAUAAUCAAUGCCGGACUUCUCUUAGAGAACUAAUCUUGUUUUGAACAUCUGAUAAAAAUCCGCUUCCAUUUUAUACACUUCCGGCAAUCAAUGCAACACGUCAUCUCUUUGAGGCAUUCUGUCAAACAGUUUGAGUGUCUUUAUUGUGCUUCCACCUUUCGUAUACAUGUCUUCUCGGGCCGUUGGAAUUAUAACACCUGAUAAAAAUCCGCUUCCAAGAG